AUAACCAUGCUAGGUAGCAAGAAACUUAGGAAUUUUGAUAAGAACGAUAGCUUCAACCAGAGUUACAAGAACAGGAUCUUUGAAACCAGACUCCCAACAGCAAAGGAGGGGGUGAACAAGCGGAGAAUGUUUUCUAGAGAAAACUCAAGACAAAAUGACUCUUUUGAGAAAAUUGGUUUCAAUCGACUAAGGCAAAACCAAUUCAAAAGUCCCAUGCUUAGGGUUAAUAAGAAACUAGCUAAUAACUUAAUGAUGAGAAAUAUGCGGAAGAUCAAUAAGAAUCCUAGAGGUAUCACAAGCAUGAAGAUCCACAAGGCAGCUAGGAUCACUGUGCAGAAACAGGCGAAUAUUCUGGUAGAUAAUUCAGAAAGGAACAUCAAUGAAUUCAAACGAGCUUUCUGUGAUAUCCACCUGAUGAGUGAUCAGAAUAGAGAUAUCAUAAAUGUAAAUAAUCUCAAGAUUGAUAAGAACGAUUUGAAGAGUUACUUGGCUAAGAGGUACCCAAAAUAGGGUAGCUGACUACAUCUUCACUCAAGUAGCCUUCAACAGUAACUAUAUGAAAUUCCCAGAAUACUGUAACGAGAUUUCGAAGCUCUCACAAAUGUCCCAGAAAGGGAAGUUAAAACUUGCCUUUCAUAUUUUUGACAGAGACUCUGAUGGCAAAAUCACAUGUGAAGAUAUUCUCAGCUUCAUGGAAGACCUUAAAGAGUCAGAUUGGUUGGUGCUCGAGGACUGCCACAAAAUUGCUAAAAUAUUGAAUGAUAAACGAGAAGGCCUUUUUGAGAAAUAAGCCAAUAUCAGUCCUUAAGAAGUUGAAUGCUAAUAAUCUGCAACAGAAUUUUGCAAAUAGAAGAAAAUCUAGGAAAAGCUCAGCGAUUUAUUCAGAAAAUGAGCAGUCUGAUAACUCCCAUGAUGAGUUUCCUUUGAAGAAAGUACAGACAAAGAGGAUCAAUCAUGAGUAUCAGAAUUUAAAAAUUGAGAAUCAGAGAAAGACUGCUGUCUCUAACCCUUAUAUGAUGGGUCAGGGUGCAAAGCAGUUUCUUAAUCAGAGAACGAUAUCGUCAAUGCAAAAGAAAGCUAAGGCUCUAAGAAUCAACGACCAAAUCUCUGAAUUUCCAUACUCACCUGCACAAAAGACUGCUAAGCAUAAAUUGAAAUCUAAAGCAAGCUCUUAUUAUCCUCAAAACUCUGGAAAAUAACUCCAGCAUGUUAUCAGCUGUUGGUGCAGAUGACGACAAGACACCCACUGGCCAUAGGAGUGAGGUUCACCCCUCUCUGCAAAAUUCCAAUAAUCGUAGAGGAAUCACACCUAAACCACCCCAAAACAACAGGCUGGUGAAUACGAAAUUCCUGAGUUUUGUGUUUAAUCUUCAUGAAUCCCAAUACAUUGAAGAAAAGGUAAAUGGAAAUUUGAAGUGAAUUGAUAACACUCUUCAUGCAAUUGAACUUUCAUCCAUCUGAAAAUAAGAAGGAGGCUACCUCUUUAACUGUUAACCUCCGGGAUUGAUUCAAGAAGUACAUCCACAUGAAGUUUCCACUAGAUUUCCUCAGCUUCGAGGACUUUUGAUGCAUCAAGUUUGAGAGAGUCUACCCUCAUAUUAUUUAUGAUAUCAUAUAAAUUACUUAGGAGGAAUAAUAGAGUUGUCAAAAUCAGAUCAAUCUUCUAAAAUUGACGAAAAGUACAAAAACAUGGUCACAAAACAGAUGUAUAGCCAAGAGAUCAUGGACGAUGUCAAGUUCAUCAAGAGGAGGAAAUAUGAUUACAUUGAGAUUCAAAAGCACAUUAAAAAUUUGAAUCAUGACAUUGAUGGACUAGUCAAGAAAAUAGAUAUUUCUACAUUCCUAAAUGCUUGAGAGAACUCCAGAGGCUAACCUAUCAGACUAGCAG